AUGUCCUCCAAUCUUGUGCAAUGCAUACAAGAUCAGGCUUCGUAUUACAGAAAGUUAAAGGCAGAACUGGAUAGCGAAUCUAAUAUACAAAAUGCAUUGGAUGAUGCCAAGCUGAUCAGACAAGAUUUUGAGAGAGCCAUUCAGUCGAAAAAGGCAGAGAUAAACUCUUUGGAAGAAUACUCUAAAAAAGAGUACCGAGAUGUGCGUAGGAUGCGGCAUUUGUCGUUUCGAUCAGCAGCUGCAACUUUAUCUGGCAAAAAGAAAGAACGUACAGCCAAGGAAGAGGCUAAAUAUCAGCUUGCAUUCGAGAACGAACAACGGUCCAAACGAGAAUUAGAUGAACUACAAACAAGCUAUGAAGGUGCUCUCACAAGAGAAGAAGAGCUUGUGCAACAAAAGAGCCAUUUUGAGGAUACAAGGCAUCAGUUUGAUUCAUUGCUGGAGCAGAUUUUUAUGUUGGAGGACCCGAAUUUUCCAUUGGAGCCACAAUUGAAAGCAGAGCUAGUCAACUACAGGGAGCAAAAGCGCUUGGCAAAACGGGAUAAAAAUAGAUUUAGUGAAGCUGAGCAAUCUCUCUCAACAGCGUUAGUCGACAUCAAGAAGGUGAUUAGGUUAUUGGACACAGUCAUCAAUUAUGUGCCGUUUGAGAUAUUUGGAGGACCCAUCAUUGAUGAGGAACAGGUCGCUUAUUUGGAGGCAGCCAAGAGGAGAAUUUGGGAGAUUCAGAGACUGAUGAAUAUCGCUCGCACAGUACUGCCUGAAAUUCCUUACCCUCAGACACUGGAUGUGGUUACCAACAAUACGCUAUUGCAAAUGCAGCUCAAUCUGAACUACAUCGAUAUUGCAUGGAAAGCAAAAACCUCGCAGUGUUUUGGUAUGUUGGCAACAGCGUAUCGUAAUACCCAGAAUUCGUUGACUUGGGUGAAGCAAUACAAGAAUUAUGCAGCUGGUGCAUUAGUUCGACUGGAUGAAGCGGUGAAUGUGAUUAAGGAAUCUUUAAAGACUGAGCGCAAGCGUAUUAUGGACACAGUACUAGCUGGACACACUGGUGGUAGUGGAACAUCCUCUUCUGCUGCAGCUGAUCAUCCUCCCUUGUUCUCAACCAGCUAUCAUAACGCCAAUGAUCCUCCUCCUCCUGUCUAUGAAGCACCGCCAGUAGCUGAACAGUACAAUAAUCAAGGUCAGGGAGCGACGCCCUCAGAUCAGCAUUUACCGGCUAUUCCAGCCAAUUUAACGCCUGCCACUUCAUUUCUCAACUUACCAAUGAAUGAGGACAGUAACACCGCCAUUACAAACUCACCGUUAAUGCCGCCCAUCACACCACACGAUAAUAACAAUAGCAACACUCCACCUCAUCCUAUCACGCCCGUCUUUGAAAAUACGAACAUGUCAUCGCCCUCACCACCGCAAUCAAACGUUAAUAAUAAUACUAAUACUCAUCAUUCUGCAGCUAGUAACACUAAUCAGUCGUCAACCUAUAUAUCACAUAAUGUAAAUAAUCCCUUCCAAUAA